AUGUGGGGGAUGCCAGGCACCGCGGUGCGGAGCAUCCGUCCCUACCAGUCCAGCGAGCAGUACCUCUACGCCAUGAAGGAGGACUUGGCCGAGUGGCUGAAGGAGCUGUACGACCUGGACAUCGAGGUGGGCACCUUCGUGGAGGUGCUGGAGACGGGGGCCGUGCUCUGCUCGCACGCCAACAACGUCACCCACGUGGCCGGGGAGUUUGCCAGCGCCUACCCCAGCAUCGCCCGCCACCUCCGCCUGCCCACCACCGGCGUCACCUGCAACCUUGCCGCGCAGCCGGGCACCUUCCAGGCCAGGGACAAUGUCUCCAACUUCAUCCAGUGGUGCAGGAAGGAGAUGGAUAUUAAAGACGUUCUGAUGUUCGAGACGGAGGACCUGGUGCUGAGGAAGAAUGAGAAGAACUUUGUGCUGUGCUUGCUGGAGCUGGCACGUCGCGCCGCCCGCUUUGGCAUGCGCGCCCCAACGCUCGUGCAGAUGGAAGAGGAGAUCGAGGAGGAGCUCCGCCAGGAGCUGGACCUGCCUCCUGCAGAUCCUCCCCUGCCCCGACCCCCCAGGAAACCACGGGACCUGCACAACCUUGACCAGAUGGUCCAGCACCUGGUGAGCCGCUGUACCUGCCCUGUCCAGUUCCCCAUGAUCAAGAUAUCUGAGGGGAAAUACCGCGUGGGCGACUCUGACACCCUCAUCUUUGUUCGG